AUGGAGUUGCCAGGUACCCCGAUGGGCUAUGACAACGGAACCUUAGCUGACUGUCUUUGGGCCGAGCACAUUCUGGUGCCCUCACUGUUUGCGGGGGCCUGCUUCCUGUUGGGGAUCCCUGGGAACGGCUUGGUUAUCUGGACCAUCCUGGCCCAGAUCCAGGAGCGCUCGGUAACUCUAGUCCUCAUCCUGAACCUGGCCAUGGCUGACUUUUUGGCCCUGCUCACGCUGCCUAUCCUGAUCCACUUGAUUGUUGGCAGUUGGAUCUACGGGGUGAUCUUUUGCAAGUUCAUCGUCUACCUCGUCUACCUCUGCAUGUAUGCCAGCAUCAACUUCAUCACCCUGAUGAGCCUUCAUCGCUUUGUAGCCAUUGUCUACCCAUUUGCCUCUCAUAGGUGGCAGCGGAAGAGGGUGGUCUAUGUGGUGGUAGGGACUGUGUGGACUCUGGCCGCAGUGUUUGCAACUCCACUUCUCCAAUUUACGUCAACGGUGCAGGCAGAUGGACGUAUCCAAUGUCCAGAUGUUUUAUAUGAUUUUAAUAAGCAACCUAUUACCCCCAAUGUUGUGGAGACGCUGUUUGGGUUUGUCAUUCCUCUCUGUGUCUUAGUUGUGUGCUAUGCCUGUGUGGCUCAGAGGAUCCAGCACAUGCGAAGUCUGAAGAAAUACAAGACUGGAAAACUGAUUGCAGCCAUUGUCAUCGUUUUCUGUACUUGCUGGCUUCCUUUCCACACCCUCAACAUCCUGACAGUCGCUGCUUUAUUGUUAAAAUCCUCCAACCCAGAGAGAUCCCAGGCCUUGCUCCAAGUUGUACAGUCGGGCAGACUUCUCUCCAUUGCACUGAUAUUCCUCAGCAGCUGUCUGAAUCCGAUUCUCUACGCCUUCGCUGCCCGUAGUUUCCGUGGUGGGAUGAAGGGGAGCAAUUUUGCCAAGCUCUUUGUGCAAAUGAAUGAUGGUAUGAAAGAAAAGCCUGAGAAAGGGUCUCGAGCUGCAGAAAGUCAGAAUGCCCUCCAGAUCACAUAA